AUGACCAAGCCCGGCGGGCAGGAGAGAAAGGGCAGAGUCCAUGAUUCUCCCGACCGUCUGUCUGGCUCUGACCCUGGCCGCACUGUGAAAGCUGCCGAUGAAAAGGCGCUGAAGCAGGAGCGGCAGGAAAAGAAGGCCAAGAAGGCCCAGAAGGCAAAGGCCCAGAAACUGCCAGCUCUGACCCAUAAUUUCACGCACAAGAAGAUCCUGAGCGCCCAAAAGCGUCUCCUGAAAGGGCUGAAGAAGCGCGAGGAGAGGGCUCGGGCGCGCGUGAAAGAGCUCGGAUUAUCUAAGAAUAAACAGAAACACGGUGCUGUCGGGGGCUUUUGA